AUGGCCAAGCACCCACUGCCGCUGCUGCUGGCCAUGUGGGUGCUGGUCGGGGGGCUGUGCCUGGAAGCCGAAGCCCAGGAAGAAUCCGAGGAAGUGAAACUUUGCGGCCUGGACUUGGGUGAAACAAUCAUCAGCAACUGCGAAAAAGUCCAACAGAGGCGGUCGGACAUCCUGGCCCAGGAAGCUAUGGGGGAUGCCUUCCCACCCACUGAGCCCUAUGCACACAGCCAGCUGGAAGAGGCAGCAGGCUCCAGUGACUGGGCGGUCCUGACCAAGCCCGCCCAGGAUUCCUAUGGAUCUCUGCGGGUCACCCGAGAAGGAGAAGAGGGAGAACCAGAAGAGGGAGACGACAAAGACAGGGGUAGCCUCCUCAAGAAGUGCUGCGAAGAGGGUUGCACCAAGACGGAACUGAUGAUGUUCUGCUAG